AUGCCUUCACCUCCUCCACCUUCAGAAGCCAGCUCUUCCUCAGCCGCUCCUUCAGCUGAAGGGUCCUCGGGCAACGUGACUGUAGCAGGACCUUCCAGGACGAUACAUUCAUUCUUUGGUGGAUCUUCCUUGACUGCUGCUACUGGAUCUUCUGCUCCAUCGAAUGGGAACAACAGUACGACGAGGAAAAGAAGGAAGAAAGAUGAAAACAAUCAGGCUAAGCUAAGUUUGAAUGGAAGCGAAAAUGGUGUGGGUUGGGUGAUGGGUAAACCCGCAGAGGAAAAGCAAGCUGAGGGCAUCAAAAGUAAUGGGAAUAAAAAGAAUGGUGGAGGAGAAGAAGAAGAGAUGAAGGAUAUGGCUGGGAAGACCAAGGGUAAAGGAAGUACAAGAGGGAAGAGGAAAUCUGAUGUUCAUGAGAUCACCAAUGGCGGUGAUAAUGAACUUAUUGAUCCUUCCCUUUUCCCAUCCACUUCUCAAGAGCAAACACCGCCCAAGAAGCAAGGCAGAUCACGUAAAUCCCAAGUUCCCACUACAACCAUAACCUCAAGUACAGGUUCAGCUCUAAAUGCAGCCAACAGCUCAUCUUUCGAUUAUCCCUCUGCGCCAUCUUCAUCAUCAUCAUCUAAUUUCCCAGUAUUAACAGGCCACAGGCAUUCAGUCGAUUUCGAAGUAACAGGGCAAUCAUAUCCCAUAAAAGGAAAAAAUGUAAACGAUGUUAUAGAGAUAGAUCAGUAUUCCUCUCCUGAUAGACCUGUCUUGGUCUCGUCAUCGACUUCACCAAUAAAGAUAGGAGUAGGACCAAAGAAAAUCGCUUUUGCAGCUGAUAAGAAACCACAACAUUCUUUCUUUUCUCGAUUGAAUAUCAACCCGGUUCCGAACCUAGGUGAGAAUGGUACUACAGACGGGAAUAGAUCAAGAGCGAGUUCGUUCAAUUCUGUUAAUACUGCUCUGUCAGGUGAAGAACCUAAAGAUAAAGGUAAAUCAAAAGAGAAGGACAAGAAGAAGAUCGUACAUGGAUUUUUCAAUAAUGUUUCUAUGGCUAGUGAAGGUGUACUGAAGAAUGGUUGGGGUAAGGGUAUAAAAGAAGGGGAAGAGUUGAUAGCCCCUUUACCUAGAGGAGAAUGGCCUAAUCAUUUCUCACACAUCAAUCUGGACACUCAAUAUACCUCAUUUGUCCAGAAUCAAGAAGCUGGACCGAGUAGGAGAAGACGACCUUUACCAAAAGAAGUGUCGGAUGAUGGAUUUUGGUAUUCGAUUCUAGAGAAUUCGACCUCUGUCUUCUCAGCUUCCCGUCAAGACUUGGAAGAUCAAGAGAUGUUCUCGAUACCACCUUUUAUCUUACAACAUCCAGCAUUCACUUCCAUCCCUUCGAAAUCCGCCAUCAAAUCCAUAUCUAAUCGAGAUUCCUGGACUGAUCGGUAUAGACCGCUCUGCGCAGCUGAAGUAUUAUCAAACGAAGUCGAAGCUACCUACUUGAAAGAUUGGCUUAGUGACUUAUCAGUAGGUCAAAGUCAUCGGAAAGUAGUACGAAAAGUGAAAAGGGCGUUGAAGAGCAAUUUAGUGGAUGGGUGGAUAGUUGAUGAUCUAGCUUUAUUCGGAGAUCACCCAGCAGAUGAGGAAGAAGAAGGAGAGGAAAUCGAGUUGGAAGAAUUGGACGAUCCUCCCAUUUCACCUGAUCCAGACCUUCGACCAGACACCUACCCAAAUUUGAAUGGUAGAUUGACAAAUACCAUCUUACUCACUGGACCACAUGGAUCGGGCAAAUCGGCAGCUGUAUAUGCCGCUGCGCAUGAGCUAGGAUGGGACGUAUUUGAGGUCUUUGCUGGUAUGGGUAAAAGGACUUCUGCGAAUCUUAUGAGUUGGGUGGGGGAUGUAGGGAAGAAUCAUAUGGUUUCUCAGGAAAGGAAGGUAACGCCGAAGAAAGAUAAAGCAGGGUCAGCGCCAGGAGGGUUGAAAUCGUUCUUUGGGAAAGCGAAAGCCAAGCAAGAAACCAAGCUGGAAAUCGCAGGUGAAAGUCAAGGAUCUGCUCAUGAACCUAUUGACAUUGAUCAGGAUGACGACGAAACCCCUGAUGAUGUUGAUGAGGUUCAGAUACUGGGUAAUUCGAAUGGAACAGGAAACGAUGGGAAGGUCAGGCAGAGUCUGAUAUUGAUCGACGAGGCGGAUAUACUAUUCGACGAGGAAAGCACAUUCUGGCCCGCAGUGAUUUCCAUCAUCUCCGAAUCUAGAAGACCAGUCAUCAUAACUUGUAAUGACCACAAUCUGAUACCGAAAUCUCAACUCCCACUACAAGCGAUCCUACAAUUCCGUCCUCCCCCUUCUUAUAUCGCUUUGCCAUAUCUCCAAGCUAUCGCCCAACAUGAAGCCAAAGAGUCCCACAGAAUUUUACCGGACGUUCAAAAGAUAUAUGAGGGAUCGAUACAUCAGGAAAGGGAUAUAAUCGACAGACCAUUACCCCCGAAUGGGAAUGAGAGGAUACCGUAUUUCGAUCUCAGGAAGGCUAUCGGUCAGCUACAGCUAGAUCGUGGCGCAACCUCGCCCUCUAAUGGCAUACAUCAACUGAAUCAAGAUCAGGGAGAAGAUCAUCUUGCUCAACUUGUCAAGAAGCUAGAAAUGAUUUCUUAUGUCGAUGCACAGAUCAGUCAGAAGGGAUGGAUGCAAUUGGAGGUGUCCGAGGUGGAUCGUCACUAUCCCACUACCGAUGAUCAACUUGGUAUUCAUGCUUUGAUCAAACCUGAGAUCGAUGAGUCGUACCCCGUACUAGCAGGAUAUGAUUAUUGCUCUACCAUCUCAGAUACUCUUAUAAGUAUGCGUGCGGGCAAAGUCAAAAACACUGGUAAUCUGGCCUUGGACAGGAUGAGAUACAUUCGAAGUACUUUACCGAUCCUCGACCCACUCAUACCCCUCUCUUCACCUCUUCUACCUCAUUCAUCCCUAUUCCUGUACACCUUACCUACCAUACUGAAUAUUGUUGAGACGGAUGAUAUCCUACAGGCUGCUGAGGAAGAUGCCGUGCGAAAAGGAGAGGAAAGGAUAAAUAGGAAGACUGGAAGACCCGUCAGGGGAGGUCAGGGUUAUACGAGGUGGUUGGCUGAUUUGGAUGAGGGUGCGGAGGAGGUGGCGAGAGGGUUGAUAGGUGGUUUGAAAUGGAGAUAG